CACUACACGCAUUACACACACAUAUAUAUACAUACACACUGUUACAGAGCCCACGAGCUUUUGCUCCACAUCACCAAUCCUCCCUCAAUCCGUCUGUCCUCCUUCCCUCCCCUCCCUAAACUCCCUUGCCUGGUGUUGUCCCCACCCACCCACCCACCAUAUAUCAAUCUCCAAACAUCAAUGACUCAGUUGAACGCGGCUCAGAGAGAGGAGCCUUGCCGAGCCAAAGUCACGACUUGUUGCUGGAGUUGUGACACCUUCGGCGCUUGCAGCCCGCUUUAUUAUUUGAAAACAUCGUGAAACCGCCUACCUCCCUUGGCGUCGCGUGGAGCUCGACGUUUCAUUCAAGACAUGGAUUCAAACAGCGGCAUUCACUCGGCGAUUAAUGGCCAAGAUUACUGCACUCGUCCCGCCGACCUGCACAGCCCCGGCCCUGCGCUAACCGCCGCCGCCGCCGCCUCCCAGGCUCGCCACGCCGGCGGCUGCGACGCGGGUGCAAGGCACUUCCCGGAGGGCCUGGCGCGCAAGACCGCGGCGAGCCUCCUGCUCACGUGCCUGGUGUGCGGCGAUGUCAGCAGCGGCAAGCACUACGGCAUCUACGCGUGCAACGGCUGCAGCGGCUUCUUCAAGCGCAGCGUCAGGCGCAAGCUCAUUUACAGGUGCCAGGCCAGCACAGGCCUGUGCACGGUGGACAAAGCUCACCGGAACCAGUGCCAGGCCUGUCGCCUGCGCAAGUGUCUCCACGCGGGCAUGAACAAGGAUGGUAAAGCGACACAGUUAACACGCAAGCACGCACACAGAUCCCGGUUGGCUACGUACGGUGCGAAAAAAGUUCUCCACACAUCUCUCCACAUUUUCACGUGGGGACGACGACGGAACAGAUUUAAUUCGCUCAAGCGCAAACAAAAAAAAUCCACAGCUUCCCGUCAAAACUCAAGUCCCUGUUUUUUUUGUUUGUAUCGUUGUGUAUCCCGACACCCUGGCGCAGCCGUUCAGAACGAACGGCAGCCACGUAGCACUGCCCAGGUCCGGCCCGGCGACCCCGAAUUGGGCGCCAGGCUCAUGCUUAGCAGACACAUGGGCACCGGCUGCUGUAACGCCAACGGCGCUGGCAUCAGCAGCGGGAGGAGCGGCGGCUUUGGUGGCAGCGGUGGCAUCAGCAGUGGCAGCAGCGUUAGCUUUGGUGGCAGUGAUCACAUCAGCAGUGGCAGCAGCGGCGGCGUUGGCGGCAGCAGUGGCAUCAGCAGUGGCAGCAGCGGCGGCGUUGGCGGCAGCGGUGGCAUCAACAGUGAGAGGAGCGGCGGCUUUGGUGGCAGCGGUGGCAUCAGCAGUGGCAGCAGCGGCGGCUUUGGUGGCAGCGGUGGCAUCAGCAGUGGGAGGAGCGGUGGCUUUGGUGCCAGCGGUGGCAUCAGCAGUGAGAGGAGCGGCGGCUUUGGUGGCAGCGGUGGCAUCUGCAGUGGCAGCAGCGGCGGCUUUGGUGGCAGCGGUGGCAACGGCGGCGGCGGCGGCACAGUUCCGAUGGCGUAUGCUAAGCGAGAACCAGAGGAAGACGAGGCUGUCGAUGUGACAGGCGAGGACGAGACGGAGGAGGAGGAUAGCGAGACCUCCACGCGGCACUAUCGGGCUCUCGGGCCUGGCGGUUCGAGCCCGGGCCUCCCGCAGGCGCCGGCCUCGACGCUCCAGUCCCCGGGAGAGUCGCGUUCCCCGAUCCGGGUUCGGGCCUCUCCCAAGUGCCUGCCCGUGGCCUCCGCGGAGGUCUCCGACACUCCCAUGAGCCUCCUCUUCAUGGCCAUCAAGUGGGCGAAAAACCUGCCCGCUUUCUCGGCCCUGCCAUUCCGGGACCAGGUGAUCUUGCUAGAGGAGGCGUGGAGCGAACUCUUCCUGCUCUGCUCCGCUCAGUGGGCGCUGCACAGCGACGGUUCCCGCGCCUUCCAGGGAGCCGCCGCCGCCGCCGCCUCGCCCUGCCCUUGCCCCCUCGGAGCUGCCGGCAGCCCCGAGGGGUCGUGCCCUUUGCAGGCCGCCCACGGGGGUGCUGUCGACCUUCGCCUCCUGCGCGACAUGACGGAACGCUUCCGCGACCUCACCGUGGACCCCACGGAGUUCGCGUGCCUCAAGGCGGUCGUCUUGUUCAAGCCAGAAGCCAGCGGCUUGAAGGACGGAGACCAAGUGGAGAGUUUACAGGACCAGUCUCAGGUGAUGCUGAAUCAGCAUUGCCGAGCUCUGUACCCCAGUCAGCCGGCAAGGUUCGGCAAGCUCCUGCUGCUCAUUCCCGCCCUCCGCUUGAUCCACGCCGACCGCCUGGAGAAGAUAUUUUUCCAGCGAGCGCUGCACAGCGCCCCCAUGGAGCGUCUCAUCUGCGACAUGUUUCGCGACUGACGAACUCCCCCCUCCUGACGCCGCCAAAUCCAGCGGGAGGCGCGCGGCGAGGCGGCUCGGCAAGCCUCUGACAAUGAAAUAGCCGGAUGAAGAAGACGGGAGGUGGGCGCGCGGGGUGGUGCAGUGAUUCACAGGGUGGAGCGGCGGUGCAGCGGUUAGCUAACAACAUUUAUGAAACAACUAUGUAUAUAUUUUUUUAAAAUUUAAUUUUGCCAGCUAAGGCCCCAUCGAGCUAUGUAGCUCUUUUUUCAGAAGCGACCUGGCUAUCACAUAUGAGAGCUCAACGAGAAGUGGCUGAUCAUCAUCAUGUGGACAUUUAUAGCAGUAGCAAAAUACUCUAAAGCACAUGACGCUGAUUCUAAGUGUAAAGGGGGAAAAAACUGGAGGACUGGGAGAAAAAUCCACGUGACCACAGGGAGAGAAACAUGUAAACUUCAAAUAUACAGCAGCAGGCGUCAGGGUCGGGAUUGAACCCACGACCU